UUUGCAGCAGGAUUAGAAAGCUUAUGAAUUUGCAAAAGAACUCUAUAGGCCUUUGGAUCUAGAAUUAUGAAGAAGGGACUGUAUUGGUUAAUGGAAUGAGGUCUCCCUGCCUGGACCUGGAUGCCAUACAGAAAUGAAUAGAAUCUCUUUAUCACUUUGCUAAAACUAUUUGUGUUAUGGAAUUAAGUGGAAUUUCUGCAUCACUGAUAUACCCAACAAUUCUUCUAUGCAGGACUGAAAGAGGAGACGUUGAGAAGAACUUUGGACAGUGCAUCUCUGGGAUAGCCAGGUUCAUCUGCAACAUUCUUCUCUGUGACUGGAUUUACUGAGGCUGAACUCUGAAGCCUUGUAAGAUAAUGCAAAUAUAAAAAGCUGAUGAAGAUUAAAAUUGUGCUACUGAGUGGACUUUUAAGAGCAUCUGGAUUCCUCAACUGACCCACUUGGAGGUUCUGGAGAGUCUAGCACUGCAUCAAAAAGCAAGGUAAUCAUCGUCUUCCUUCAACAUAAGUGAAAUUCAACUGGAAGGAAGCAUGGAAAAGGACGUUUUAGCUCACAACAUGGUUCAGACUACCCAGGCUGGUGACACAGCUCCAACUGAAGCAACCACAGGGACAGAAGCACCACCUCUAGCUCAGACUGCACUCCAAGACGCUCCUUCCACAGCAAAUCCGGGGAUCAACGUGGGACACAAAAGCAUGGGUCAAGAAGAGAAGGCUGAGUCGGGACGAAAGUCUCAUGUUAGUUUGAGUGUAAAUGUCCCAGAUGUGGCUCUGAUUCAUGUCACAUCAGAGACGCCAUCAUCUGUAGGUGACAGUGGGGAGAAUGUAGGGAAGAAAAGCAGUCGCAAAAGAAGGAACAAAAAGGAAGGUAAGAUCCUAUACCUUCCUUGGUCUCUGAUGCUACACAGUCGGACAACUUCUGUUUCCCACAGUCUGGGUCAGAAGUGUACUUCCCAGGAUAUGCCACACACUGGUGAAAGGCUAAAGAGUAAGAGUGGUGCAAAAGAUACAGCAUCAGUUCUUACCCAGCCUUGGGAGUCACUGGCUGGCACCCUGUUGCCAGCCACAAAUCCAGUUCAGCCUUCUCUUUCAAAGAACUUUCUGAGAUACAAUGAAAAGAUCAAAGUAGGGCACAAAGGCAGCCUAAUGGAUAAAGAUGAAGAGCGCACAAAGGUUGUAGCUAGUCCUUGGCCUCUGACGGUACAGGCUUGGGCAUCUUUCACUGGCCCAGCGCCAGGGCAGCCAAGGGCUUCAGAAGUUAGUGAGAUACAACAGAAAAGCAACAGCCCAAAAGGUGAGCAGGCUAGAGCAGCCAACCUGACAUCACGUGCUAAUGCAAAGGCUGGUGUCACAAGCUCAUCUUGGGCACUGGGCCAGACUUCAAGAGAGAGGACAUAUCCCACUGGGAAAAGUAGGGAAAACAUGGAGGGGCCAAGCAGACUGGGAAGAGGGGGAAGAAGGAACAAAAGUGCCCACAGACAUCUCUGGCCUCUGACUGUACAAGCUUGGGCUUCAUUUGCAGCAGCACCUCCAGUUCAGACUCAUCCUCAGAAAGAGCCUCCCGCUGCAAAGACAAAUGUGAAUGUGGAGUGGGGCAGUCAGACUCAUCCAACAGGUGAGGGAGACACAACGACCUUUCUCCCUUGGUCUAGCGGGGCACAAACCAGUAGCUGUUUGCCAGCCACAGCUCGCUUGCAUACUUUAUUUGGUGGGACUCCUUUCCUGGAACUGAGCAAAAUCAGGGAAAUGAUUAAGAAGGGAGAUGAGCAACAUUGGCAGAGCAGUGCAGAGCCAACCCCACAAUCCUGCCAGGGCUGGAAGACUGAAGAAAGGGGACCCGGUGAUCAUGACUGCUGGGGACGAGUUGUUAGGAAUCUUCCUAGGCAAGCUGAUGCCUAUUAUUAUGGGGAGUUUUACUCACGAGAGAGAUCAUACCAUGGGACAUCAACUGAAACCCAUUCCCACAUGGAUACUUUGGGGAUGGGAAUGCAGAGAAGAGAAAGGGAAAGGACUGAAUCUCAGACAACCUGGAUGAAGAAAUGAUACAGAAGAGAAAAGGGGUGGGAGCUAAGAGGGUUCUAGGAGAGAGAAAUAUUUGAAAUGCUAUUCUUAGG